AUGGCAGAGGUCCUUGGUGUUGUCUCCAGCAUCAUCGCCAUCGUCGGGGUGGCGGGCAAGCUAGGCACGAGCACCUUCAAGCUCAAGCGUCUCUGGGAUGAGGUACAGGAUGUGCCAACAAACAUCCAACGAUGCAUCGAACAACUGGAGAUACUGGCUCCGGCUAUCCAAGAUAUGGAAUCAGAGUUUGAGCGAACACGCGAAAUGGUCCAAAACGACACUGCGGCCAAGAGAAGUCUGGAGUAUUCGCAAAAAGCCAUGGACACCCUUGACGCGUUGAUCAAAGACAUGGAGGGACGAAUCGAGUCAGCGCGCCGGGGCAAGAAGCUGCUCACUCAGCUCAAAGUCAGGUUGAAGAAGGAUGUGUUGGAAGAGCAUCAGCAGCGACUGCAGUUUGCCCUACAACUGGUUUCCCUAUCCCAGCAAACCUAUUUGAUUGCGGUGACGAGAGCCCAACCGUCUAUCAUCAUGGCCGAGUGGAGAAACCUGCAGGAACACAAGCAAGUUGCACAACCUUCUUCGGUCGAAUGCCCAGGCCAGGACGAAGACUCAGUACCGGAUGCCACAGCUGUUGCCGAAAUACCAUCCAACAACGCAGUCCUAGGCCACAGUAACUGGUGGCCUACCAUCAAGGGAAUGCCGCGGAGAAAGCCAGGUCUCCUGGGGAGUUUCACGUAUAGAGUGGAGGAAGAAGCGAGCGAAGAAUGCAUUCAUUUGGCUCGCAGAAACACCCGAGUCCAUCAAGCCAGACUGCAAUUGCCCCGCUGGAUACUACAAAAGACUUGGGACUUCCAGUUCUAUCGGUCGUACGAUGGAUGGAAGUUCCAGUUGAAGAACUGGAACAUUUGCCCAAAUGAUAGCCCCAUUUUCAGAUUUGCCGAGAAAGGACGCACCGACUUGAUACUCGAGGCUUUCGAUAGAAACGAAGCUUCAUUACAUGAUGUCAAUGAAGAUGGUGACACGUUGAUUGAGAUAUCAAUGCUCUUCCAUCAAUACAAUCUCGCGAAAGAUUUACACACCAUGGGUCUUAAGACCAGUAAUAGUCCAGCAGACCAACUCGUAAUCUACGCGAUGAUUUCGGUUUACCUCCUAUACGAUGAUGAGGCCACAAUGGAAUUUUUAGAGCUCUGCAGAGAGGGGGAAGAGUUCAGCAACCUGCUGGAUUUUCCCAACUCAGGCGCUGGACUGUUUGACACCGGGACGACUGCCUUGCUACUGAACCUCAGAUUUUCCUGCCCGGAGUUCAACAUGUUUCCGCCUCAACAAAGCACUCGAAUAAUUACUGAUGAACUUCGUUGGGAUGUGAUUGACCCAAAGACUGCACUUGACAUGCUAGCUCGAGGUUUCGCCAGACCAGACUUUCUUCGGAAAACAAACCUUGAAUAUUUCGCCUGGGCAUAUUUCCAUGCGCUCUUGAAUGAAGCUCAGCCGGAACCGUGGCGCCUACUGACCAGGAAACUAUUCGCUGGCGCUGGUCCAGAGGAGGUCGUUCUGCCUCCAUUGUCGUCCCUUGAGGUCAGGAAUCUCAACUAUGACCAGAUACGCUUCUAUCAUCCUGGCUAUCUGAAGCCCCUCAACUUGCUGUUUUGCUUGCCCCGCGUUGAUUAUAGUGCCGAGGAUAACGCCUACGGUGUUCAUUAUCGGACGGCUCUUACGGCUUGUCAGAUUGUUGCGAAUAAUGCUUUUGAGAAAGGGAGGCUUGCGAGGGAUGAUAAGGGCCAGGAUAUAGUGGCGGAUGAUGAAAAGGUGCUGCUUGAAAGGGACUAUUGGUUCUUUAUCGAGGAUGAUGAACGAUAUGCUGUGGUGCCGUGUUUCAACGACUGGCAGUUCCCCCACGAUAAACUCCCGGACUGGUGGAUCGCCCCAACUUCGUCACUUGGCCUCCACACCAAACGCUGUGCCGUGACCAACACCAGUUACGCAUUCACAUGGGCACAUUUAAUCCCCAAGGAGGAACAGCAAUGGUUUAACAAAAACGGCAUGGGACUUUAUGGUGGAGGGUCUCACAGUUUGGACGACCAACACAACAUCCUCCCUCUCAAGGCGGAUCUUUAUGUCUGCUUUGACCAGAGCGUCUUUGCCCUCGUUCCCAAGCAACACCGCGAACCAAAUGGAGAAUUACGUACAGAAUAUGUUCUCCACGUUCUCGAUGCCCGAGAAUCAGAAUUCGCCGCCCUCUACCAAGACCGCCCCAUCAAAUGCCUCGUCUCUGGAAGUCGCGAAUACCUCUUUGCCCGCUUCGCCUGGACCGUAAUCUCACGCAUCAAACCGUUCCUAACAUCCGGCGUCGGCAGACGCGUGGUCCGAUUCAGGGUCAGAGCAUGCGAUGGCGACACGGACGAGGAGAAUCUACGCGCAGAAAUGCAGAAUGUCUUUAUGGAUGCCAAGAAGCUCGAGGCUCUGUACGGGGGUGGGGGGAGGAAGAGGGCUGUUUCUCUGGAAGACAACGUGCAUCAUUUGUUCUCUUGGAUGCCUCGGGGUAUGACAUUCACACGCUUUUCCUAA